GAGUGACUCGCGCCAGGCCGCCAGCGCCAGUUCAAACUCCGAUCCUGUUCCUGAACGGUCUCAUUUCUUUUUUUCUCUCUUCGUUCGUUCCGUUUUCGAGCUCAUUCGUCGCGCUGAUCUCGAGAUGUUUGUGUCGGUGUGCGCGUGGUGCUUGGUGUGUUUGUGUGUGUCGUCGUCAGUGCUGGUCUUGGGUUCGAGUCCUCCUCCGCUGGACAUUAUCUCCAGCCCUGCAAACUCGACCACUGAUAAUGAUAGCAGUGUGAACAUUGUUACCAGCAGACCUGUCAGGGACGGCCAAACGAGGAUAGAGCAGUGCGAAGCGCGGCAGGCUGAGAUGCGAGAGCGUGCAAAUCGACCGCGACUGAGGCCGCGACCUGUAUGCGGCACCAACGGACAGACGUACGCCUCACGUUGUCAUCUAGUGAGGGCUGCCUGUCAAGGGGGCCUCCUCAAGGGGAGCGCAGUCUCCUCCACCCCUCGGCGGCAGCUCAAAGUCAAGCAUCGCGGACGGUGCAGAGAGCGACAACCGUGUCGAUCGAGGGGCGGGGCCUGCCUCCCUGAUGGCAGAUUCGCACCCGUCCAAUGCCACCCGGGCACAGGGUACUGCUGGUGUGUCACACCCAAUGGCAAACCUAUUCCCAACACAACCAGGCGCAACCGCCGACCCAAGUGCAAGGCUAGGAGACCAAAAACAAGAAGAGGUGGCACAGAGGUGCGAGGGAGAAAGAUGAUGAAAGAUUGUAGCCGAGUGGAUCGAUCAGCUUUUGUGACAAAUUUGGUGAGGAUAUUCAGCACCGACUAUCAGAAAGACAAUCCUGAUGGAGAAGCGUCGGAAGAAAUAGUGCUAGAUUGGAAGUUCGGGCAACUGGACGUAGAUCGGUCGGGCUUCCUGAGUCGCGACGAAUACGCCGAGGUGCGUCGACUGGUGCGUCGUGUCGCGCGACCCAGACGCUGCUCACGAGCGUUCGCCAAACUGUGCGACCUUGACCGCGACCUUCGCAUCGCACGACAUGAGUGGACGGCCUGUCUGGCGCUGCAUCUCAACCUUCCUUUUCGUUUGUUCCUUUCGCUGAACCCAGCCGAACCAGGCGUGGCGCCUACUGAUGAUGACGUCAUCACACCCCAAGGGGUGGGGGAAGCACCCGACGGAGGGGAUGGGUCUGAGGGGGAUGACGGAUUCUCAGGAGUGUUACAGGAAGGAACCAUGCCUCUAAUGGAGACUGGUGCUCAUUCACUCUUGGGAGAAGACGGUCCUGACAACCAAGACGAUUCUGAGCCUGAAGCCAACAACUGCUUGUCCGACCAAAGAACGGCCCUUGACGAACAAAAACUGGGCACUGAAGAAAUGUACGUGCCAGAGUGCACUCAAGAUGGCAGGUACGAGAAAGUGCAAUGCUACAAGUCAACAGGUUAUUGUUGGUGUGUUCAUGAGGACACUGGCAAGCCUAUACCAGGCACAUCACUGAAAGAUUCCCACCCCAAAUGUGACUCAGUUCAAGCUCCUUCCCGACCCAUGAAAGGAUGUCCUGAAUUCAAGAAACAAGCAUUUUUAAAAGAUCUCAUGGAGUACUUGAUGCAGUCAGGGGCAGCACAGAAAAUCAAUAUUAUGGUGCUAGAGCGCAAAGAAUGGAAGGCGUUCAGAGCAGUGGUGGGGGCGCAACGCAAACUGCGCCCCUGUGGCAAGAAGUUGCCUCGCUAUUGUGACGUCAACCACGACAAGCGAGUCAGCCUGACAGAGUGGCUCAGCUGUCUACACGUCAACAAAACUGCCAAACCCAUUCCUGCAGAUAACAUGAUAAGUUCUACAGCAAGUCCACGGAGAAGAGGGAUUAAUCCUUUAGACGUUUAUUUGAAGGAAGAUUAGCCGUGAACGAUUCUUCGAAGACUAGGCACUUGAUUGUACAGUAGGCUACAAUGGACAUCCCUGUGAUUUGACUCAUUGUUGAGCACGACUGUACAGUGUCCAUUUGCAAGGAACGUGACUGUACAGAAUUUCAAGCAAUUUACCCAAAUACAUGUAUUCCAGGUACCUUGGUUCCAAGUUUGCAAGGAUCGUGACUAUACAGUGCUCAAGUUUGUGAGGCACCAGAGUGUACAGUGCUUAUUUUCAUAGACACCAGAGUGUACAAUGUACUUCUUCAUCAAGCACCUGAGACCAGACUAUACAUUGGUAAUGAUAAGUGAUGUACCAAACUGUACAAUGGUCAUGUUUGUAAGUGUAAGGUAUAUUACGAUUGUACAAAAUGUUCAUAGCAUAGGUGGGCUAAGCCUGUUGAUCCUUCCCCAAUCAUUUCAAUGGAUUGUGAAUAAUUCAAGUAAUAAAUUAAUGUUUUUUUAUAUAAGGCACCAGACUAUAAUACAGUGUUGAGGUAACAACCUUAACGGCAUUUGUCUGUACAUUUCACUUUUUGUGUACGUAGUUGAGAAGUUGAUAUUGUGGUAAUUAAUCAUAUUGAAUGAAAAAAAAACUAAGAAAUUGUCAAAAAACCACAGAUUUAUUGAUACUUAGAAAGAGCGGUUUCGGUUAUUACACCAUUGUCAAUCUCUGAUAAACUAAUUAGGUUUUUGACAAUUUCUUAGUCUUUUUCAUUCAAUCUGUACAUUUAUUGUAAUAUGUGGCGAGUGUGUGUGUGUGUGUCGUAUGAAGAUCCAUGAUCAAUCAUAAAUCAAUAUAAACUUACUGUAUGUCCAAAACGCAGCUAAUGACAUAAAAAUUAUUACAAUUUUGA